AUGGAAGAGUGCUUAACACGUUUGAAUGGUGCCCUCGAGCUGGCACUCAAGACGUUGCGCCAGGAAGCAAGCGACGAGCUCUUGAACACAAUUCACAAUGACAACAAGCUUCCUGACAAGAAGAGACUCAGCCUCGCUACAAAAUCUGUUGACAUGCUAUAUGAGUUGGAAAAAUUACUCACACCAGGUCCGUUGUUGCUAUCAGACUUCUUUUUUGGGUACAUGAAUACCAAAUGCCUCUGCGGAACAGUCGAACUGGGAAUACCGGAUGUGUUGCGUAAAGGUCCUCAAAAAGUGUCAGAACUGGCGAGUAUUUGCGGUGCUCGUGAAGAUCGACUCCGUCAGGUCCUCCGACAGCUGCAUAAUGAAGGCAUCUAUCAGUACGACCGCUCAUCUGACAGUUACAGCAACAACCCGGCUUCCAAGCUAUUGAUAUCAGACCACUGGACGCAAUGGCGUAAUUGGGUUGACUUAUACGGAAACGAAUUCUACGAAAUGUCUGCAGGGAUUCCUGCAUCUCUCAGAAAGGACGCUACUCGCGUACCAGCCCAGAUCGCCUUUGACACCGAUAAGGGUAUGUUCCAAUACUUUUCCGACAUGGGUUGGGUACCUCGGUUGCACCGAACUCUUAGCGGUGGUGCUAUUGCUCAAGCUCCCGGUAUCCUCGAAGACUAUCCAUGGCAAGAAGUCGCCGACGAAUUAGUGCUAGACAUCGGCGGUGGUGGCGGAGGACUCAUCGCUCUUCUAACGCGGAGGUAUCCUACCAUGCGCGGCAGCAUCCUUGACCUCCCCAGAGUAAUUGAAGAGGCCAAAUUCAACUUUCAUUCCCCCAAUGGUGUAUACGCCGACGUGGGCGGACAAGUGUCGGCGGAUGCACUAUUAGCCGGGGAUUUCUUCCAGUCGAUUCCAACAUCUCAGGUAUACACCAUGAAAUGGUGCCUUCAUGACUGGGACGACGACAGAGCGCUCAGGGUACUUUCAAAUAUUCGGACAUCAAUCCAACCAGGACCAAAGUCUCGCGUGGUAGUUUUUGAGUCUAUACUAGGCGAUGGGAGGACAAGUCGACUCUCACGGUAUGGCAAUCUCAACAUGAUGGUCGCGGUCGGAGGUCAGGAACGAGAUGAAUCCCAUUGGAGAAGCCUAGCCCAGAGCACCGGAUGGACGGUCAGUCGUAUUUUCAGUUUGAGGAAUUCCUGGACAUCAGCCAUUGAAUUAGUCCCCUCAUCAAAAGAGCCGACAGGCGUUAAUGGAAGCGAAAUGGCUGGCGACCAUCCCGCACAGUCUACCAACGGUCAUGGACAUGUACCCGAGCAAGAUGGCAUCGACGACAAGCCCGGGGUAACGAUGGGCCUGGCAAGAUUACCAGGUCGGACGGUGGAGGCGCAAAUGAGAUUCCUUCAGGGACCGUGGGAUGCGUCCAAGGGUAAUCCCUUUAUUCGUGUGAAUCCGGCCGACGGCUAUGAUUACAUGAAUUUCACUUGGGCUGACCACCGUGUCUUGGUGACGGAUGCCCGUCCACAAAAAGAUAUGUUCAACCUGGAAACCCACGGCUUCGCGUACUACGACAACCCGAUUGAUUCUGGACUCGUAGAGGCGAUUCGAUCAGGCAAUCAAGAUACAGUCCUGGCCAGGUACUACCCCACGGUUCGAGAAUUCGUGAAAGACGUCACGGGUGCACAAGAGGUGAUUAUCUUCGAUCACACAUUGCGGAAGCGCAGGGUGGAACUCGGUGAACGCGAGAAUGAGACCGGAAAAGAGCAGCCGGCAACCAUGGUGCAUUGUGACCAGUCGACGCAGGGUGCCAUUCGACGAAUAGAGCAGAAUCUGCCAGUGGGUUUGGAUUUGGCGGCCAUGCUGUCUCGCAGGGUGCGGAUGUUGAACAUCUGGCGUCCUCUCAACGGUCCUGUGGAAGACUGGCCCCUCGCUCAAAUGGACUUUCGCACUUGUCCACCGGAGACGCUUCUAAACUGUGAUCUCCUGCGUGGAGCUCUGGAGAAGCGAGGCCAGACGGUGACAUUUACUCAUUCUGACCAACAGCAAUGGUACUAUCUAGACGCCCAUCGGACCGACGAAGUAACGGUGAUCAAGAUCUGGGAUAACCAGGAGGGCGUUAAGGCGAGGCUAUGCCCCCACGCCGCAUUCAAGCAUCCAGAUUCACCACCAAACGCCCGGCCUCGUGAGAGCGUGGAAGUAAGAUGCAUCGUCAUUGACAAACUGUGA